CGGGUUGGCCAUAUACGUCCUCCUAAAGUCGCUAUUUUAUCGAGAAAGGACGGAUUCGCCAUGCGUCUCUUCUUGUUGAUUCCUACCAAUUUCUCCCAGGCAACAUGAAGACUCCUUGGAUAUGGCGUUUCCUGCCCUUGGUGUUUCUACUCUUGCAGGCGCUUGCAGUUGAACUCAAGGGCCCUUCUGAUGAUGAAUCCCCACCGACAGAUGUCGCUCACGAAUCACUUCAGUCGUCUGAUGGACCGACUGCAUCGAAUCCUCCAAAUAAACACGUUGACACUGCCCUGAAGAUUCUUCAUGAUCCCAAGAUUGCAAUAAUUUCGUCCCCAGAAAAGCCAUCAGGCCUGAUUGGCUACACCUGGCAUUAUGCACAGGAAACCUUUCGGAUAUUGUUCAUGAACGGACCGCCCUCGGAUAAAGCUAUGCGGAAGAAGGUCCAUCCAACUAUUUUCAAGGCUGUGGAGGAGCUUAAGGUUGCAGCGCUAGAGGACCAUGACCCAGACGCGAUGUUUCUGCUGGCAGAGAUGAACUUCUACGGCAACUUUACGCAUCCCCAAAAUUUCCAACGGGCGUUGCAUUGGUAUCAGGCUUUGGCGUCUUUGGAUGGAAAUAGUACGGCACAGUAUAUGCUUGGAUUUAUGUAUGCUACGGGAAUUGGGGGUGCGGUUGAACGCGACCAAGCCAAGAGUUUGCUAUAUCACACUUUUGCAGCUGAAGCGGGAAACACGAGAUCGGAAAUGACCCUUGCGUAUCGGCAUCAUGCUGGUAUUGGAACUGCCAGAAAUUGCGACCAAGCUACACACUACUACAAGAAAGUAGCAGACAAGGCUAUUCAGUAUUACCGAUCGGGACCUCCUGGCGGUCAUAGCAUGAUCCGCGAAUCAUACCGUUGGGCUGAUGAAGAGGGUGGCGUGUAUGGUGAGGGUGCCAGUGUUUCUAGCUCUGGACCCAACGCUCUUCGUGAUGGAACGGGAUCUAGUACUGAGGCCAGCCUGGAGGAUAUUUUGGAGUACUUGGAUCUCAUGUCUCGGAAGGGUGAGCUGAAGGCUACCUUUAGCCUGGGCAAGAUGCACUACGAGGGCACAAGGGGCCUUCCCAAGAACUACAAAAAGGCGAUGAUAUAUUUUAGGAAGGUUACAAAACGAUACUGGAAUACAGAUGGAUCGGUAAAUCCCAACCACCCUCUUGGGAUCGAGAAGCUGGCGUCAAAGGCAGCAGGUCACGUUGGAUUGAUGCAUAUGCGGGGUGAAGGCGUGGAACAAAACUUCGAUAUUGCACAUUCUUGGUUCAAGCGCGGGUUGACCAACGGCGAUGCGCUCUGCCAACACCAAAUUGGACUGAUGUAUCUCCAUGGGUACGGGGUACAAGAAGAUGCAUUUAAGGCCUCGUCCUACUUCAAGUCUGCGGCUGAUCAGGAUUAUCCUGCAUCCGAAACCCGACUGGGUGCGUUGUUCCUUGAUCAGGGAGACGUUACUACAGCCACAAAAUAUUUCGAGUUAGCUGCACGUUGGGGAUCUAUGGAGGCCUUCUAUUACCUGGCAGAACUAGCUAACAACGGCGUUGGGCGGCAGAGACACUGCGGACUGGCUGCGUCGUAUUACAAGAUGGUUGCUGAGAAAGCGGAAGCCGUUCAUUCAUCGGUCCUGGAGGCUAAUAUUGCGUAUGAGAAUGGCGACAAAGAGGAGGCCCUGAUUCCAGUGCUCAUGGCCGCAGAACAGGGCUAUGAACAUGCCCAGGCCAAUGUCGCAUUCAUUCUCGACGAACAGCGCUCUUUGGUAUCAUUGGACAAGGUUAUUCCUGGACUCAAGAAACCGCGGGCUCCUCUACUACGAAAUGCGGCGCUGGCUCUUAUCUAUUGGACUCGCUCGGCCAAGCAGGCGAAUAUCGACUCUUUAGUUAAGAUGGGUGACUAUUAUCUGAGCGGAAUUGGUAUCGAUGCGGAUGCAGACAAGGCCUCAACUUGCUAUCAUACCGCCGCCGAAGUUCAUUACAGUGCGCAGGCGUAUUGGAAUCUCGGCUGGAUGCAUGAGAACGGAGUUGCCGUUGAACAGGAUUUCCACAUGGCUAAAAGAUACUAUGAUCUCGCGCUUGAGACAAGUACCGAGGCGUAUUUGCCUGUUAAAUUAAGCCUGCUGAAAUUGCGGAUGAGGAGUGCUUGGAAUAGGUUCACAAAUGGGGAUAUUAAUUCUAUCCAGGAAGAUGAUGAACCGAAACCUCGCCGCACGUUCAAAGAGUGGGUUGCUGCGUUUAUCGAGAACGACGAGGAGGAAGAGGCAAAUUAUCGGGCACAAAUGUACAAACGCGCAGAGGACAACGAUGACGACAUACUUUCAGGGGGUGAUCGCCUUGAUGACCGUCACGAGGAUGGCUAUUAUGACGACCUCGACCUGGAGAUUGACGAAAGUAUUCUCGAAGGUUUAAUUAUUCUGUCGCUAGCUGCAACACUCCUAGUCUUGGUUUACAUGCGUCAACAACGCAACCGCCAGAGACCAAAUGAUAACCAGAAUGCAAACCAAGGAGCACCGGCCAAUGGUAACGACCGGGGGCUUUUCCCUCGCCCUGGAGAACCUGAGUUUGUGCAAUGGGUUGCUGGAGGAGUUGGUCAUUAG